UCGCAGUGACGAACAAAAUGGCGCUGGGUGACUCGAGCGAAGUAUCAAAGGUCGCUACUUGGAACAAAUAGAUAAUUCUUUUGUUAUUUUAACGUGCUUGAUUUGCAUUUCGUGCGCUUCACGUGCUCGUUAACAUAUGCCGUCCUGGUGUGGUAGUGACACAUUCCAACACAUCUUUCGACGACGAAGGAGACAUGAGUGUCCAUUAUGGAGGUGGUAGAAUUAUUUAAUAAGUUCAACGAGAGUCUGGGAUCAUACAUAUUCUCAAGAUGGAUUGGAAGAUUUGUGGAAGAAUAUCAGACAUCAAGAACGAUUUUCGUUAUUGCCACAACUCUAUUGCUUACCCUCGUCGUUGUGUCCAUCUUUGUGCUGCGCAAAUGGAAGAACAAAGAGUUUUUGCCAGAGGUGAAGGAGUUUGUCGGGGUGGGCACUGGGAAGCCAAGAUUCAGGAAGAGAGACAAGGUUCUCUUUUAUGGCAGAAAGAUGUUGCGCAAAGUGAAGUCCAUUGGCGGCCAAGUGCACGCCACCGGACAGGGAAAGAAGAGGAGAGCAGUUAUGAGAUUCGCUCGCCGAUUGCUGCAACUUAAGAAGGAAACCGCUCCACCACAACUCAAAGUACUGGAACCACCUGCUGAAUAUCUGGAAGAAGAUUUGGGACCCGGUGAGAGAGUGCCACCGGAUGCUCUGUACAUACUGCAAAGUAUCAGAGUCUUCGGCCACUUUGAAAAGCCCGUGUUCUUGAAAUUGUGCAAGCACACGGAAAUUAUGAAUUUACCCGCUGGCAGCACAUUGUUCAAAAUUGGGGACCCCGACGAAAACUUGUUUAUAGUGCAACAGGGCUUGGUCAAUGUAUAUAUCACUGGACCCGAUGGCUCUCAAAUCUCACUGAAACUAGUAAAAACAGGCGAAUCAGUUACCAGUCUUCUUAGCUUUACUGAUGUACUUACCGGGCAUACGAGUACAUAUAAAACUGUAUCGGCAAGAGCUGUAGAAGAUUCUAUCGUAGUGAAGUUACCAAUGAGCGCGUUUCAAGAGGUAUUUCAAGAUUAUCCUGACGCCUUUGUUCGAGUUAUCCAGGUCAUUAUGGUGCGUCUGCAGAGAGUCACCUUCACCGCUUUGCACCAGUAUCUCGGCCUCUCUGCGGAAUUGGUCAAUCCAGGAUCACACAGGAAGAAGCAGAGCCCGUUCUCCGGUUCGCCAGUGCGGUCGAGGACUCGAGAAAACUUUGCUUUGCAGAAUAUCGACAGUGCAACCGGUAUAUUUCCAAUUGGCACAUUGGAAAUGCACGAUAUGAGCGACGUUUCGCAUUUCGAUACGUCUAAUUCAAACGGUUCUCAGCCUGUGCCGAUAAUCAUGAGUCGACGGAUAUCGAAGAGCAACAUCGACUGGAAAAAUCAGGGCUCCAACUCGCAAUCGGGUCAGAAUUCGGCGGACAUGGUGCCGGAAUGCGAUUCUCACUGGCCGACUUCGUCUCCCUCGGCGCCUCAAGCGCAUCAAGAAGCCUCUCACAAUAUGGGAGGCAUUUAUUCCAGCAGAAAACGUCAAGUCAACGAAACGCAGCUGCAGCAGCAACUGGAUGAAGCGCAGCUCAUUCAAAUAGCCACCGACGCCUUUGUGCGUGAACUCGGCAUAGAGGACGAGACUGUGCUGAAAGACAAGGUGCAGAUUAGGGAAGUGCCAGCUGGUACUUAUCUGAUGAAGGAAGAAUCUCACAAGGAUGUCGCACUUGUUUAUGUGCUUUCGGGCUCGCUGAUAGUAAGCCAACGCGUGUCGGAGGGCCGGGAUGCCGGUCAAGAAGUGCACAUGUUUAGUGCUCAUCAGGGUGAGAUUGUCGGUGGUUUGGCCGUGCUGACCGGCGAGCCGUCCUUUUAUACGAUCAGAGCGAAACACGCCAGCCGUAUCGCGCUACUCAGUAAAUCAACGUUCUUCACUAUCAUGCGCGAGCAGCCUACAGUCGUGUUGCACGUGGCGCACACCGUUGUUCGCAGAUUGAGUCCAUUCGUAAGACAGGUGGACUUCGCUCUUGAUUGGCUGUUCCUCGAAAGCGGGAGGGCCGUUUAUCGACAGGGCGAUGAAUCAGAUUCGACGUUCAUCGUGCUGAGCGGACGGCUGCGAUCGGUAAUCACUUACAAAAACGGCAAGAAGGAAUCGGUGGCGGAAUACGGAAAGGGCGACUUGGUGGGCAUCGUGGAGAUGGUGACGCAGACCCCGAGAUCGACGACAGUCAUGGCGGUCCGUGAUUCCGAACUGGCGAAGCUGCCAGAAGGUUUAUUCAACGUGAUCAAACUCAGGUAUCCAAUCGUCGUCACGAGACUGAUAAAUCUCCUCGGGCAUCGUAUACUCGGCACCUGGCAGCAAGCGCAUACGAAAAACGGCAGCAGUGACACUCAACGAGCCGCGGCGACAGUCGACGCCAGGCCAGCACAGGUGAAUUUCUCAACUGUCGCCAUCGUACCCGUGUCGGAUGAUGUACCAUUGACCGCCUUCACGUUUGAAUUGUACCAUUCCUUAUGUGCCAUUGGACCUUCUCUUCGUUUAACGUCUGACGUCGUGAGAAAGACUUUAGGAACGACCAUCAUGGAGCCUGCGAACGAGUACCGGCUAACUUCCUGGCUCGCACAGCAGGAGGAUCAGCACAGAAUCUCGCUGUACCAAUGCGAUUCAAGUUACACGCUGUGGACCCAGCGAUGCGUGCGACAGGCCGAUUGCAUUCUCAUCGUGGGUUUGGGCGAUCGACCGCCAUCGAUCGGUCGAACGGAGCGCGAGAUCGAGCGGCUCGUGAUGCGAACGCAGAAGGAGCUGGUGCUGCUGCACAAGGAGCAGAACGGCCAGCGGCCCACGAACACCGUUCAAUGGCUGAACAUGAGAUCCUGGGUGUCCAGUCACCAUCACAUCCAGUGCCCGAAGCGAAUGUUCACCAGGAGGUCGCAGUACAGAAUUAACGAGCUGUACUCCAAGGUGCUCAUGUCCGAGCCGAACGUGCACAGCGAUUUCAGCAGACUCGCGCGAUGGCUGACCGGCACCUCGGUCGGUCUCGUGCUGGGCGGCGGCGGCGCGAGGGGCGCCGCUCACGUCGGCAUGCUGAAGGCCAUCAUCGAGGCCGGCAUACCGAUAGACAUGGUCGGCGGCGUCAGCAUCGGCGCCUUCAUGGGCGCGCUGUGGUGCAUGGAAAAGAACAUCACCACCACCACGCAGAAGGCCAGGGAGUGGUCCAAGAAAAUGACGCAGUGGUGGCGGCAGAUUCUGGAUUUGACUUACCCGAUGACCUCGAUGUUCUCCGGCAAGGACUUCAACAAGACCAUACAGCAGACCUUCGGCGACACGUAUAUCGAAGAUCUGUGGCUGCCGUACUUCACUAUAACCACAGACAUCACGGACUCCUGCAUGCGCACGCAUAGACACGGUUUGCUAUGGAGAUACAUACGCGGCAGCAUGACUAUCGCGGGGGUCUUCCCUCCGAUUUGCGAUCCCCUUGAUGGGCAUCUUUUGGUCGACGGGUGUUAUGUUAAUAACGUGCCAGCUGACGAAAUGCUGCGGCAAGGAGCGCAUCACAUUCUGGCCAUCGACGUGGGCUCGCAGGACGACACGGAUCUUACGAACUACGGGGACUCGCUGUCCGGCUGGUGGCUGCUGUGGAAGCGGUGGAAUCCGUUUGCCACGCCCGUGAAGGUGCCGAACUUACCCGACAUCCAGUCCAGAUUGGCGUACGUGAGCUGCGUGCGCCAGCUGGAGGAGGUGAAGACCUCGGAUUACUGCGAGUACAUCCGGCCGCCGAUCGACAAAUACAAAACUCUGCAGUUCGCCAACUUCGACGAGAUCAAAGACGUGGGCUACCAGCACGGAAAAACGUACUUCGAGGGUCAGUCGAAAGCCGGAGUUCUGCCUCGAUUCAACGCGGAUCGGGAGAAUGCGCGAGCUCUGCGAGCGAAGAACCAAGCGGCCAAUCAGCAAUCGCUCUCGUCGUACACUUUCACCGAUCUCGCGCAGAUGGUGUGUAAAGUUUCGCGCGGCAACCGAUACGUCGAUCUCGACAUAGACUCCGAUUCCGACGAGCUCGAGGAAUACGAAGCGGAUCUGGAAGAAGACGCACAGGAAGUAGGAUACGCGUCCGAACCCACUGCCGGUAUUUUAGACCAGAGCCCUGAGGAUAAUCGUCUGAGGCGAAGAACUGGUGUUUCGCUUAGUCUAUCCGAUACUGAAGCGGAAUCGGAACUAGAAUAUCAUCCAAAGAUCUUUUGAAUACUUGUUUAGAAUCAUUUACGAUACGCACUGUAUCUCAUGCUACAUUACUCGCCCAAUAUGAAACAAAUUUAGCACAAAUGUACGCUUCUUCGCAAACAUACAACUGUACAAUCAGAGAUGCACUCCACGAUACAGGCGAUCAAUCUGUAUUGAAGUACAAAAAGUAAAUAUUGUGAGAAACGUAUUCAUCGGAGCGCGUCGCUCUGAAGUCAUGUUACACGUCGUUCUUAUAUAAUUAUAAUAAGCGAAUAAUAUUGUUAUUAAUUAUUGCCAUUAAAUAUUAUAUAUUAAAUAUA